UCAAUCAGUUAUUCAAUGGACUGAUCAGCGGAUGCUGCUACGCCUCAUUCAUUGAACUAUAUAAAUAUUUUCCUUUCUAUAAUUUAAAUUUAAUCUACGAUAACUACAAAUUUUCAUAUUCUUUUUUAUACGGGAGAAAUGGAUACAGACAAAGAAACAGAAUUGAAAGAGAUGUUACCAGUAUUGGCUACGGUGGGAACCAUAGUUGCUAUCACUUUUGCUAUUAAGUUUUAUAUAUCUAGAACUGAACAAUCUAAGAAGAAUAAAAAACCUCCAGUACUAUUGGAAGAUUCAGUUGUUAAAUACAGCGUACCAUUGAUAGAGAAAGAAAUUUUAAGUCACGAUACUAGAAAGUUUAGAUUUGGUUUACCUACGAAAGAUCAUGUUCUUGGUCUUCCAAUCGGUCAACAUAUACAUCUGAAUACUAAGAUUGAUGAUCAAAUCGUCAUACGUUCCUACACUCCUGUUUCCUCUGAUGAGGAAGAUCAUGGAUACUUCGAUCUUGUCAUUAAGGUCUACUUUAAAAACGUGCAUCCUAAAUUCCCAGAAGGUGGUAAAAUGUCUCAGUAUUUGGAAAAUAUGAAGCUCGGUGAUACCAUAGACAUCAGAGGUCCCUCAGGUCGACUCGUUUACAAAGGAUGUGGAAAAUUCUCUAUCAAACUUCUCAGGAAAGAUCCACCAAUUGAUUACGAUGUCAAAAAGAUUGUCAUGUUAGCCGGUGGAACUGGUAUAACGCCAAUGUUGCAGUUAAUCAAAGCUAUAUUAAAUGGACCGAUGGAUGGUACCGAUGUAUCUUUACUGUACGCAAACCAAACGGAGAAUGAUAUAUUGUUGAGAGACGAAUUGGAUACAUUGGCCAGAGAUUUUGAAAAUCAAUUUAAAGUAUGGUAUACGGUAGAUACAGCCAGUGAAGAUUGGAGUUACAGUACAGGACAUAUUAAUGCAGAUAUGAUCAAAGAACAUAUGUUCCCACCAUCACCCGAUACAAUUGUAUUAAUGUGCGGUCCUGUACCAAUGAUAAAUAUAGCUUGUAAUCCCAAUCUUGACAAAUUAGGAUACGAUAGCAAAUUGCGAUUCGCUUAUUAAAGAUGUUCAACGUUUUAUUUCAUUGCAUCAAGUAGAUUGUAUUUCUUUAGUACUUUUUAUGCUUGUAGCAUAUUCCUCAAGGUUGAUGAUUACUUUUAAAUCGUUUAUAUUUUUAAACGGGAAUAAUAUCUCGUAUAAGGUGUAUUCUAAUAGACGUGUGUAAUUUUAUUUCCAGAAUGUAUGUAAAAAAAAAAAAAGAUAAACUAUAAAACAACGAAAAUAAGUCGAUGUAAAUACGUAUACUAAAUUUGAUUUGCACUAAAAAGUUAUGGUUUAUCAUUUGUUUUGAAAUAUAACAACAAAGUUAUGAAAUUAACUUGGAAACACAACAUGCAAGAUAUUACGAUACACUUUGUACAUUGUCAUAGUUUAGCUGCACAGUUUGUUGGUGUCCCUUAUUACUAACAUUUUUUUAUUUAAAACUUUAGGAAAUAUUUUCUUUUUCUUUAUAUAUAUAUAUAUUUAAGGGCUUUUGGUAAUAUCACGGGCAUGUCCAAAGACAGUAUUUAUUAAGUUCGUUUUUAAAGCAUUUAUAAUUGUUAAUAUUACGACCAAUUCAUUUGUUAAUAUAAUUUAAUAUGUUUUAUUAUUAAGUUAUCGAAGUAUAGAUGAUGCAUACACUGAUUAUUAUUAUUUCGUUGGAUCUGUGCAGCUAAAAAAAGAAUAAAGAGAAAACAUUUAUAUAAAUUAAAAUUUAUCGUUUACCGAUUAUCAAAAAAGGGUGCAUUUUCUAAUAAUAAUUUUAUAUAUAUUUUUUUAUAUAUUAUACAUUUAAUACUGCUACUUAACAAUCUGUUUUGAGUAAAGAAUUUAUUUUGAUAUUAUAUCAAUGAUCUUUAAGAUAACUGUUGCCAAGUGUAAAGAAAGUUUUAAUAGAGAAAUGAAAUGUUACACUUUUGUAUUGUUAGAAACAAAUCGAUUCUAUUAAUUGAAAGUUAAUAUAAUUAUUUGAAAGCGCAUUAUCUUUUAUUGUUAUUAUUAUUGUUCAAUAAUUAAUAUUGUACUAUGUACCUGUGUACAUACAUUUUAGGGUUGUCUUUAUUUUGGGUAUUUUUGAAUUCUUAUGCUCCCAAAGAUAAAUAAUAUGGUUCCAAAUAAAGAAGAAAAAUAUCCUGCAAGUAUAA